GGUUGUCGGACCUUUUUCAGCGUAACACCAGGCGGUGAUAAAUAAGAGCAGGUUGUUAACCGCUAGCCGUAAACUCGGGUCGCUCCGAUGGCCGGGGGAGAAGCGACGGGCGUCGACCUCAGCAGGAAGUUUGUGUCCGAGUCGGAGCUCGACGAGAGGAGGAAGAAGAGGCAGGAGGAAUGGGAGAAAGUCCGGAAGCCCGACGACCCGGAGGAGGUCCCGGAGGAGGAGUACGACUCCCGCUGCCUGUAUGACCGGCUGCAGGAGCAGAAGGACAAGAAACAGCAGGAAUUUGAGGAGCAGUUCAAGUUCAGAAACAUGGUGAGGGGACUGGACGAGGACGAGACCAGUUUCCUGGACGAGGUUUCCCGGCAGCAGGUCCUGGUGGAGAAGCAACGCAGGGACGAGGAAAAGCAGGAGCUGUUGGAAUACCGAAGCGCUUUGGUCAAGCAAGCGUCAGCAUCCGCGGAGAGUCGGAGAGAGUCAGAAAAGAAGGCGGGGCCUAAACAGUCAGGGGCGGAGCCAAAGACCAGCCACCUGUCUCAGGCUCAUUUAUUAGUGGGAGCUGUGAAGAGACGCAGCUCCUCGCAGUCGUCAGACGGCGGCAAGAAGCCGAGGGUGGAGAACACGAGAGGAAUUGGAGACAGACUCGCAGAGCAGGACGGAGGAAGCAGGGAAGUUGAGGACCGCCGAGCCGUCCCCGGCCUCACGGCAAAGACGCCGCCGUCGGCCGCCCACGGCAUGCUGCACCUGCCGUCGGCGGCCGUGUGCGUCGGCGUCUUACCGGGACUGUGCGCGUACUCCGGCAGCAGCGACUCCGACAGCAGCUCGGACAGCGAAGUUUAAGCCGACCCCCCCGAACCACAGCGACUGCAGGCUGUGCUAUUGGCUGAGGGAACAGAGACUGACAGCUGUGGAGCGAAGAAGAGAGGCCCCUUUAGGACUCACUGUAGGAUUUUACGUUUGAUGUGUUUUAUCAUCAGAGGAAACUUCUUUCUGUCUCAGAUGUUGAAAUAUUCUGUGUUUACAGACAGAUUUGUGAGAGUGUGUGACAGAACGACGGCGCUCCCUGCAACUGUCAUGUUGUAAUAAACUGAUUUAUUGAUCAGUAUCUAA